AUGUGGGAUGGCGAAGCUCAACACCGCCGCCGGAGCCCGGUUACCAGGUCAGGUCAAUGUUGUGCCGAUAUUGUGAAGUUCAUCCUACCUGUCAUCAUCUUCAUGGGCAUCUUUGGCUUUGUCUUGAUGAACUUUUUCCCUGCAGAGUUUAGACACUUCAUCCAUGGCAGUGACGCAGAAAGAAGAAUCACGGGAACAGACCUUGAAAAACUUAUGAGGUCAACUCCUGUUGACACAGGGGGCUCACGCCGACUGCGACUAUUCAUGCCCGCCGACGGACCAAACAUCAACCUCUGCAAGACAGUCAUGUCGGCCGUGGCGCUAGGCUACCCCAUGCCCACGCUUUUGAACUGGAACGGAGAGUUCAACAGGCCUGACUGGCACUUUGCCGGUUCCCACAUUGCCAAACUGGAGUCACUGUUGGCGGUCAUCGAUGCGCUUUACGAGAAGAAUGACGGGGACAAUGUGAAUGAGAACGAUCUCGUUCUCCUCGUAGAUGCCUACGAUAUCUGGUUCCAGCUUCCGCCAUCCGUCUUAAUUGAGCGCUUCCACCAGCUAAAUCGCAAAGCCAACAUUCGGGUGCACAGACAAUGGAAGGAAAGUGGCCUGAAGAGCGGGUUCCCCAUUAGCCCCCCGACGCAGAACAUCAUCGUCACCGCGGCCAAAGAUUGCCAGCCGGACUGGGAGUCAGGGUCCGAUCCGCGAUACGACUACUGGCCAGACUCACCCCUGCCACGAGACUUCUACGGCGACAAGACUGACCAGGUUCUACCUUAUGUCUUUGACUCGGCGAGGAAAUACAAAAGGAUUCGCCCCCGCUGCGUCAACAGCGGGAUGAUCAUGGGCACUAUCGGAUCUUUACGGGACGCGCUGCGCAAGAGCAAGGAAAAGAUUGAAAAAGCCGCGGGUAGCGGGCGGCAGCUCUGGAGCGACCAGGCUCUUAUCGCAGAGGUUAUUGGGGAUCAGGAAGUUUAUCGCCACUGGGUUCGUGGCCUCUCUUCAACGUGGAAUGGUUUCGUUUCUGAAGAGCAUCUCGGGAGCAUGCCGAAAGAGGUGCGGAGAAUUGCAGACGCGGCGCUGGCUGGCGAAAAGUUUGAGUUUGGGAUCGGGCUGGAUUAUGAGUUUGCCACGAUUCCGCCUACCUGCUCCUCCGAAGACGACGGGUACUUUGUGGAGCUUGACGACGCCGAGGCCAUCAAGAAGGAGUCUGAAAAGGCUGGAGUUCCGGGCGAGGUGAGGGUACAGAGCAUUCCGGAGGAACUGCGAGACGUCCCUCGGCCUCUGCCGGGGCACAGCUGGGGCAACGUCUCGCUCUAUACAGACUUCUUCUUUGGUACCGCGUCCGCGGGCAUACAUCACAACGCCUACAUCUUUGGGCUGAAGAAGUGGCGGCUGGAGAAUUGGUGGAGUCUAACGUGGUUUUAUCCUCACUUGCGGGAUCUCGUGGUCCAGGCUCUUGAUGCGAAUCGAAAGUUGAUGCCCUUAGCGAGACUUCUCACUCGUGGCGACAGCGGGAACGAGGUGGUCUACUGGGCGGCGGAGGAAGAGCUUAAUGGGAAGAAGAGCGUUAGGGUGUAUGACGGUUCGAAAAAGCCGGGGAACUUUUCAUUUAUUGGUUGGGAUGAAAUAUGCCAAAAUGGAGAUGAACAGUGGUAUAAUGUACUGUUUGGAGAUGGAAAGGGGCAGCUGGAGGUGUGA